CAGCAAAGCGUGGUACAGCACAGCUUUUGUAGCUUUUGUAAGAAGGCUGCACUUGAUCACCUUUCUCCUCAGAAAGUCGGUCUCUAACUGUAAACAUGUCUGGGACAUUGAAAAACAAGCCUUACAUCAGACUGUAAACAGGUCACGCUGGAGCGUCAGAUCUGGAUCCCACUCUCUUCUAUUGAUUGUUUAGCUUGAGGCCGGCAUGCUAACACUUUAAUGAGUUUUUCCUGUGAACACUCCCACAAGUGCUGAAGGUCGGCUAGAUUUCAGAAACCACACUCUGGGUUUUCCCCAACUCUACACAGCCUGACUUGUCAGUUUAUCUUAUCCCUCCGAACAGUCGUGUAAUUCAUUGCAUGUCUGGAAGAAUAAUGAAGUUGAAAGGUAAAAGACGGCCCCCAGGCUUGCAGUUUAAAAUUGAGCAGCCAAAGGAAGAUGUACCACCCCCACCGGUGCCUCCAAUUCAGGACUCCAAGGUGAAGAUCAUGUAUGAGGGGAAGGAGUUUGAGAUAGAUGCCUGUGACUUGAUCACCAUCCGGAAUCUUGGGCGGGGUGCCUAUGGCAUCGUAGACCUGGUGAGACACCGCACCAGUGGGGCCGUUCUCGCUGUCAAGAGAAUUCCUAUGACAGUUAACAGCCAGGAGCAGAAGCGACUCCUGAUGGAUCUAGACGUGAACAUGAGGAGUGGAUCCUGUCCAUAUACCGUCACUUUUUAUGGUGCCCUGUUCAGAGAGGGAGAUGUGUGGAUUGUUAUGGAAGUGAUGGAUGCUCCACUGGACAAAUUCUACAAGAAGAUUUAUGAGAAUAAGGACCGUAUUCCAGAGGAUGUUCUCAGCAUUGUUGCUUUCUCUGUAGUGAAGGCACUGCAUUACCUACAGUCUGAGCUAAAGGUCAUCCACAGGGAUGUGAAGCCCUCCAAUAUAUUGAUCAACGAGAAGGGCCAGGUGAAGAUCUGUGACUUUGGAAUCAGUGGUUACUUGGUGGACUCUGUGGCCAAAACAAUAGAUGCUGGCUGCAAACCGUACAUGGCACCAGAGAGAAUUAAUCCAGAGUCUGGACAAAAAGGCUAUGAUAUCCGGUCUGAUGUGUGGAGUCUGGGAAUCACCAUGAUCGAGUUGGCCACUGGUCAGUUCCCGUACCCGACUUGGAAGACCCCUUUUGAGCAGCUGAAGCAGGUGGUACAGGACCCCCCUCCUACCCUACCCAAAGAGGAAUUUUCUGCUGAGUUUGAAGACUUCAUCACCAAAUGCUUACAGAAAAGUGUAACAACACGUCCGAAUUAUGUGGAACUCCUCAAACAUUCCUUCAUCAAGAGGGGUGAGGAGAAGCAGGGUGAACUAGCGGACUAUGUCAAAUCUGUAUUUGAGAAGUAUGGCAACCCAAAUGCUGAGUCUAUAGAAAGGUCUUAAUUAGGUUCCUGUAGUUAGUGUCACCAAUGACUGGUCAAUGGUCUUUCUGUCGGAGGGCACCUGCCUCCCAGCAUCCGACACUCUAUCAUGGCUCGUGGUCCUCUACACAAACCCAUGAGGUGCUACAUGCUUCACACUUAUGAAUCAUGGGGGUCGUUUUAUCCAAGUCAUAUACAGUCUCUGUCAUAGACUGGACUCCUUAGAUACUUCUGGAAUCCUGCUGACAUCAUUGGCAGAUUGUAUCUCCUCAAUCAGUGAUAGAUAUUUGAACCAAUGUCUGUUUUGUUCAGACAUCCAGAUAUUCCAUAUAUUAUGAGUCAAUUAUAUAAAAUGAAUAGUUUGCAUUAAUUUAUUGAGAUGUGUUAUGAUAGUGCAAUGUUAAAAAUUUUUAAAUUGAUUUCUCACAAUUUAUUAUGCCUGUUUUUAAUGCAUGUGAUUUAUAUAUGCAGACUUUGUAUUUUUAAUAAGAUAUAUGACUUUUAACUUUUAUGUUUACAUUGACUUGACAUCCAUAGCAAUAACACUGUUGUCUUGCUGUGGUUGAUUACAAACGGAAGUGUGUAUUGUCAAAACAAAAACAAACAAAAAAGAUAUGGAAUGAAAUUGAUGUGUUGAUUGUAUUUAAUAAGAUAUUGUUAAUCAUAGUGUGCUCAAGUAAAAAAGGGUCCUCUAAACGAACAAUGUCCUUGGACUGUUCCAACUAUGGACGCUAUUUAUUACAAUGUAACUGCUGUUAUAUACUUAAAAGCUUGCUGGUAGUUCAGUAGUCAUAUUAUCUAAGUCUACUAUUUCAUGAUCAUUGUCAACUUGUUACUGACAGAUUUGUAACACCCCCCCCCCCCCCCCUUAGAAAUAUAUGUAGCUCCUGUAAUCUCCACAUGUAGUGAACUAUUGUAUACAGGUAAUUAAAAAAAUAAAGGGUCAUGACCUCUCACUCACGUAACUGGGCUUGUCUCACAAGGUCAUGGUUUUUGAUAUAGUCUUUGUUUUUAGUCCGAUUUUUGUUGCCAAAUCUAGAGGUGAACAAAUGAGCGUGUUGAUGACCAAAGUGUACGGAAAAAAAAAUACCAAAAAUAGUGCGGCCAUGAUAUCAUCAUUCACUGUGUGUUUAGUAUUGUUUUGUAAAUAAACCUCUUACUAGUAGAGUGUAGUUGCUGUAAUGUGUAAAUAGGAAUUAUCUAGUUAUUGCACAUAUAUGUACAUGAGAAAUUCUUAGAUUAAUAUAUAUUUAUAUAUGCUGUUGGUGUGUGAUGUACUACUGUGCGAGUGUGUGCGAGAGUUUUGAAUAUAUGCAAAUGCAGAUUGUUCCCUAGACUUUUCUCUGAAGCUCAGGUUAACUUAAAGAUGAGCAAAUAUGUUACCAUAUAUACCACUGUUUGUUACUAUCAUCAUGUUGAUCAUGUAUAAUGAUUAUUGACUGUGUUGAAAUGAUGAAAUUAAAGGCAAAGAAAACGCU